UGGGAUCGACUUCACGUGGCUGCUCUCAUUCCACGUCAUCUCCCCGCGACCGCUGAAUCCUCCACAUGUAAACAUCUCACGUCUUUUUGGAAGAUUUGGCUCAAAUGGCGCCGACAGAUCGGAAAACGACGAGUAACAAGUUUACAGGGAAAGAUGGAAACUGGAAGAAAUCGAACAGUAACGUGCAGGGGGUGAAGAAGAAGAAAUGGACCCCGGAUCACAAAGUGUUCGAAGGCAGCGUUAGUGAAGGUCAAGGGUUUGCCUUCAAGAGGAAGGAGAGAGUCCGACACGAGUACAACAAGCUGCUGAGGAAGGAGAAGAGGAGGAACCCUGAGUCCAAGGAGCUGUACCAGGAGGAGUAUCCAGAACACCUCCGGCAUCUGUACCAGGCCGAGGCACAGAAACUCAAACAGGAGGCCUGGACCAACAGAGUGAACAGGAGCAAGCUGAGGGUGAGGAGAAAGGAGACAGAUGAUGAAGAAACAGAUGAAGAUGAUGGAGAUGCUGAAAAAGAGCCGGAAGCUGCAGAUCCAGAUCCAGAAGUUCCUGGUGGAUCUGAGCCGACAGGUUCUUUGACUGAGGACGCAGAUCCGUCAGCAGCCGCAGAGAAAGAGAGUCUCCCAAUGAGCAACCGCAGGAUGAAGAAAAUGCAGAAGAAGACGUCGUACCAGAAGACAAAAGAGGAGUUUGAGUCAAUCAAAGAAAAGCAGAAGCAGAAGAAAGGGGAGUUCUUGAAGAACAAGCAGCAGAGAGAAGAAGCCAUUCAAAAGUACAAACAGAAAAAGCUGGAGACGUUUCAGAUCCUGAGCAAGAAGACAAAGAAGGGGCAGCCGAAUCUGAACCUGCAGAUGGAGUAUCUGCUUCAGAAGAUCCAGAGAACUGAUAAAUGAACCUGGGAACAAUUCAACUGAAGAGUGGACCUUUCCUGAAUCUGACUCUUUUAAAAACGGAUUCUUUCACUCAUGCCUCACGCGUCGAGUGAUAAUCUGAGACUGAUUUGCUGUUUUGUGCUUUUGAGGCACAAUGCUGAUGCCCAUUUUAUUCCCUGACCACGAGAUGGCGCUGUAAUACAUAAACAGAUGGAAAAACCUGCUUGUUUAAGACAUUCAUUAAAGGUUACAUUCACACGAUUUUAAACAUUAACACAGUGGCCUGCGAAAGAGAUCACGCUCCCUAUGAAUGUCUUUUUUAAAUAUUGCAUAGGAUGUCUCCAGCUCCAAACAGCAGAGAGGUAAACCUUUAACCUCUAACCAUAGACUGAAUAUUAAGAUGGGCAACAUUACAGCUCGCAAAAGUGAAGCCAAUACGUGUUGAUCGCCACCUGUCAUAAGCCCCGCCUCCUCUAUGUUAAUGAAUGGAAACGUCAAUAUCAUUUUUCUGAAACGUGGUUUAGAUAAUUUUCUGGAAGUGGAGAAGCGUAGACAUCUUUAUUCACAGUGUAUGACUUCAAUCAAUAAAUGUUUGAGUUUCCUGAAAGUUA